AAAAACAAAUGGUAAUUGAUUGCUUAAUUCUGUCCAUGAUAAGGAAACACAUUUCUGCCAAGGGGGAGUAGAGAGUGGGUGUGGCAGCACCCUGACUGUAUGUACAGUAUCCUAACAUAUGUUGAUAAAACAAACUGGUGUCACUUCUGGCAAACCGUUAGAGGGACUAGCUAUGGCCACAGUUCAUUUAUCAUUUUUGCUGUUGUUGGUGUUUGAUUCGCUUUCCAGCUCGGCACUCGGCGUCAUGAAUGCUUCAGAACCUUUCCUGCGGACCUUCUCUGGACACGUUCUGACAGAAGGAGACGCUGACUACUUGGACCUGUCUGUGUUGGACGGCGAUGACGCAGGUUCUGGGUCCAAAUCCCAGCCGGAAGCUGUGAGAAGACACCCGGGCCUUCACCCUCCUCAUCAAAAGCGCUACUUUGUGUCGGAGGAGGUCAAGCAUUUCCUGCAGGGUUGCUUGUCCACGGCCUUCGUCCCGGCCGUCUACACCGUGGUCUUCGUCGUCAGCGUGCCCCUCAACCUGCUCGCCGCCGCCAUCUUCAUGCAUCCGGUCCGUCCCAGGAAGCCCGCGGUCAUCUACAUGUUGAACCUCGCCUCCGCCGACCUGCUCUUCGGCUUGCUCCUCCCCUUCAAAGUGGCCUACCGUUACCAUGGCAACAACUGGACGUACGGCGCCUUCAUGUGCAGGGUGGUGACGGCCGCCUUCUACUGCAACAUGUACUGCUCGGUGCUGCUCAUGGCGUGCAUCGGCUUGGACCGCCUCCUGGCUGUCGUCUACCCCAUGAACUCGCUGACGUGGCGCAGCCCGCAGACGGCGUGGGCCGCGUGCGCCGCCAUGUGGCUGCUGGCCCUGGCCGGUGCGGCGCCUCUCUUAGCGACGGGUCAGACGGCGCACCUGCCCCAACUGCACAUCACCACCUGUCACGACGUGCAAGACGCAAUCAAACUCCAAUCCUAUUAUCGCUACUUCUUCCCCGUCUACUCGUCCGUGUUCUUCUUCAUCCCCCUCGUCCUCACCGCCGCGUGCUACGUGCGCAUCAUCCACACCUUGGCGGCCGCCAACAUCGAGAACCGCUCCAAAAAGACUCGGGCGGUGGUGAUGGCGGCGAUCGUCCUGGUGGUGUUUGUGGUGUGCUUCACCCCCGCCAACGUGAUCCUCAUGAUCCACUACGUCGACGCCACGCACGCCUCCAGCAGCGACGCAUCCUACCGGGCCUACUUGCUCGCCACAUGCGCGGGGAGCCUCAGCUGCUGCCUGGACCCCAUCCUUUACUACUUCGGUUCGUCUCAGUGCAGGAAGCGGGUGGUGGCGCUAUUUGGACGCCGGCAUCCGCAUCGGACGGCGAGCAGUGUGCGCACCGAGAGUUCCAGAACCAGCAGACACAGGGACAGCAGCAGGCCGUGCAAAAUGGAGGUUGGUCAAAGUGGGUCUGGGGGUCAGACUCAGUACAGCAUGCUGGACACUUGACAAGGUUUUUUUUUGUCUCGGUGGGACGGCAAGGAACACAUUUAUUUACUGAAUAAAAUCAAUGUUGCUACCUUUGUAACCUUUGAUUUGGUAUGUUUGUAACGGGGUCAAUUAUGUCAUGUAAAUAUGUGUUUUAUAAUGUUGUAUUAGUGUUAUAAUUACACACGAUGUGUAAGUUACAUGAUGUUUUGUCAAUAUGCGGAACCAUUGUCUCGUCGCGUCCCUCGUAGCGCAAUAACUGUUGUGACACCUGCUUAUUUUUGUGUGUGUUGGAAAUGCCCUUCUACUUCCCUUUUGUCCACGAUAUCAACGUGAGAGGUGGGCUUCCGUGCAACGACAGAAAAGUGUAUUUGUCUCAUUAACAACUUCAGUUCACUAUUUCCUGCUCAAUAUUCAUGGAUGGGAAUUUUCCGCAGAAUUCCGCCGAUUUUGCUGCGCCAUGGUCAUUCAUAUAAUAUAAUGCCAAUGUGUGAAGGCACCUGAUUGGCUAGCUCUACUACCAGCUGACGACAUCAACCAAUGACAUUGCCCGUUAUAGACGUCUGCACACAUCGUUUGCCGACAAUAUCUAAUCUCUGAUCCUCAAUUGUUGUAAGCGUUUCUGAACUCGUAUUCUGUUUAUAUUGGUUGUGUUUAUCGGCGACUAAUCUGGAAAGAAAACACAGUAGCUCUCAAUUAACACGUUACUUUAGUGACAAAACAGUUUCAGACUUGGUUAAGCUUAUUCAAGAUAGGAAUGCUUCAAGUGGAACUGGGCAUGGCUCGAUAUAUCUAUCAAACUGAAGGUGAAGAUUAACAAGAAUAUCGUAGAAGUAGACGAACUGAUCAGCGAUUUCAUUGCAAAGUGCGAUGUAAAUCUUCAUUCCCAUCCCUGUAUGUCAGUGGUCCCCAACCUUUUGUAUAUGUGGACCGGUCAAUGCUUAAUAAUUUGUC